CACAUUUUUUUUUACUUGAUUUGUGGAUUUGAAAAUCACAAAUAUAUAGUUUGUUAAUUUAGACCGUUUCUGCACUUACUGGCAAAGAGAUAGAUAAAAUCUGACAUCAUUCACACCUAUCACCCUUAUCAUCACCAAUAUAAAUGUUUCAGCAAAUUCCUCGACUGAAACAAAUCCUUCACAAAACAAUUUCACAUCUCUCCCAAAUCACCAAUCUCCAGACUGAACUCCUCCAUCUAUCUUCCAGUGUCCCAAUUAUACAGCAUGCAUCAGAUUGAUUGAUUGAAAACAAAAACAAAAAAAAACACACACACACACACACACACAAAUGGAUCAGCUGAAACCAGGACCCGCAAAUUCAACCCCUCUUACCCCGAUUGGUUUCCUGGGAAGAGCAGCUACAAUCUAUGGCGACUGCCCUUCUGUUGUGUACAACAGCAGAACUUACACGUGGUCGGAAACCCAUGAAAGAUGCAUCAGAGUUGCUUCUUCCCUUGUUUCUCUGGGAAUCAAAAGAGGGCAGGUGGUUUCCGUGGUGUGUCCGAACGUUCCAGCUAUGUACGAAGCUCAUUUUGCUGUCCCAAUGGCCGGAGCCGUUCUCAAUACAAUCAAUCUCCGUCUUGAUGCCAGAACGAUUUCUAUUCUCCUUCAUCACAGUGAGUCAAAGCUCAUUCUUGUCGAUUACCAAUCAGCUUCUUUAGUUCUGGAAGCAUUAUCGUUAUUUCCGCCGAAUUCUCAAUUGCCCCGGUUAGUACUCAUCGCCGACGACGGCGAUUCAUCCUCGAUUCCACCGAAUUUUCACUGCUCGUAUGAGGCUCUGGUGGAAACAGGGGACCCCUGUUUCAAAUGGAUUCGUCCGCAAUCCGAUUUCGAUCCGAUUUCGUUGAACUACACCUCAGGAACAACAUCAUCUCCAAAAGGGGUGGUCCAUUGUCACAGAGGGAUAUUCACAAUCACUGUUGAUUCCUUAAUUGAAUGGUCGGUACCAAAAGAGCCGGUCUAUUUAUGGACUCUUCCGAUGUUCCACGCCAAUGGAUGGAGCUUCCCUUGGGGUAUGGCUGCUGUCGGCGGCACCAAUAUUUGCCUCCGGAAAUUCGAUGCGGCCGUUGUUUAUUCCGCCAUCCGCAAGUACAAGGUAACCCAUAUGUGCGGAGCCCCGGUUGUGCUGAACAUGAUCUCAAGUUUUCCCCUGAAUGAACCGCUUCAGUACCCUGUUCGUAUCUUAACAGCCGGAGCUCCUCCUCCGGCGCCGAUCCUUUUCAGGACGGAAUCACUGGGAUUUGUUGUCAGUCAUGGGUAUGGAUUGACGGAAACUGCGGGGCUGGUGGUUUGUUGUACUUGGAAGAACGAUUGGAAUAAGCUGCCGGCGACGGAGAGGGCGAGGCUGAAGUCGAGACAAGGGGUGGGGAGUAUUGGGAUGGCGGAGGUGGAUGUGGUGGAGCCUGAAACCGGAGUGAGUGUGAAAAGUGAUGGUAAAACUCUUGGUGAGGUUGUUCUGAAAGGGGCUUGUGUUAUGCUUGGUUAUCUCAAAGAUCCUCAAGGAACUGCAAAAUGUACGAAAAAUGGUUGGUUUUAUACUGGUGAUGUUGCAGUGAUGCAUCCGGAUGGGUACUUGGAGAUUAAGGACAGGUCAAAGGAUGUGAUCAUCAGCGGUGGGGAAAAUCUGAGCAGUGUGGAGGUGGAAUCGGUGCUGUACACGCAUCCGGCGGUGAAUGAGGCGGCGGUGGUGGCGCGGCCGGACGAGUUUUGGGGAGAGACUCCUUGUGCAUUUGUGAGCUUGAAGGUUGAUGCAAAGGGGAAGACUGAAGAGAAGGAUGUGAUUGAUUUCUGCAGGGGUAAACUGCCCAAAUACAUGGUGCCUAAAACGGUGGUGAUCAAGGAUGAACUUCCCAAGACUUCCACCGGGAAAAUUCAGAAGUAUUUGCUUAGAGAAAUGGCCAAGAGCCUUGGUCCUUCAAAAGUCAGCAGAUUGUAAACAUGUUGAAAAUGACUUGAAUUAUGCGGUGUUUGUUCUCCAGCCAUCGUUUUUACUUGCAUCCAUCAGUGUAUAUCUAAAUGUACCAUUGUCAACUGUCCUUAUUGCGUUUUGACUCUUCCUUCCGGUUAGAAACAUAGGCCUAUGUUAUUAUAUGCAUGCUUAUAUUGAUUAGUAGAUGAUGAUAAGGUUUCUCUUCUUUGUUAACACUCGAAGGUUGAAUGUGGUGGGAAUGAAUCUGACUCGUCUUUUUCAAGAAAUCAGUACACAUUAAUUUCAUUGUAAAAAAAAUCAUUGUCAAUCAUGUUACUAUCAAACUUAUGCACAAAUCAAAUCCAGGAGCACACGUAUGAAAUAAUAUCCCAUACACACUAGCGAGUUCCAAACAGCUCCUAUUUCCCUUCAAGUUUGUCUGCGUAGUGUAAAAAAUAUUACUA